AUGCUGGAGCACUCCAGUCCCAAAGGAUCUUCCUCCCAUGAGCAACUUGGCAAGCUGCUCCAUUCGUUUUCGCAUUAUCACGUCGACUUUAUACCCGAAUUUGGCAAGCUUGGAUUAUUCCAAUCUGUUGCAGAGAACCUAAGCAAAAUGAUGCAAGGAUAUGGGCUGAAAAAGUCCACGGAUCCCGGCAAUCCAAAUGCCAUUGUCUUCGCGAGCGCUUUCUUGAAUAGCAAUGGUCGAAAGCUGAUGAUUGAGAAUGGGAAUAACGGCGUUAUCAUAGUACAAACAGAGCAACUAUGUUGUUCCAAUUGGCUCUCGGAGGACGUCUUUCAGACCUUGCAAGCUUGUGAAAAAUCGGACAAUUGCGUCAUUCUGGAAUACUCGGACCACAAUUUCCAAUACAUGAAAGACAAAUGGAAGGUUUCCAAAUCAGUCGUGUUGCUGCCAAUCAUGAAUCAAGGACGUCUGGAUCAAUACUAUCGACGACAUCAUCUGCCGGCACUCUGGGAAAGACCAAAUGAUAUUGCCUUUUUUGGUACUCUGACCGAACAUCGCAAUAGCGUUCUAACGACGAUAAAGAAUCCAGAUCCCACCACACCGGAAUGGGAAUCCAUCAUGGAACAGAGUCACGACAAAUUGAGAAUGGUCAAAACCUACUUGCACUCCAAAGUUUGUCUGACGGUACACGCAUUCCCACAAAAGGGACCAGGAGAAUAUCACAGACUGUCCGAGUUGGGUGUUUCCGGGUGUGUUCCAGUGAUGGAACGCUUUGAGGAUACCUUGGGAAUACAAGUCUAUAAACUUUGUGGUGGAGUAGUCUUUGCAGCAGAAGCAGAAGAGUUGCCCGAUCAGAUUGCCUCCGUCUUGGAAGAAAUGGAAGUGGACGAAGAGGGACAAGAUGAUAGUAUGCGGCGGCGUGUCGAGUGGUGGAAAGCAAGGGUGAAGUGGGAAACCAUAUUGGUGGACGCCUUUGGACCUUCGCGAAAAAAUAUAGAGCUGUAA